AUGUGCGAGACAGAAAUUCGGGCCACAUCCCGAUAUCUCUAUUUUCUUUUUUUUUACUUUUUCUCCACUCCCACCUCCUCUUCCUUACGCUCCUCCUUCUUCCAUUGCAUUCAUUGUUCUUUCCUUGGCACAUACUUUCGAUUAUCUUUUCUUUCUUUUUUGAGUUUCUUUUCCCCACAAAUUCCGCCUUUCUUCUUCUUCUUCUUCUUCUUCUUCUUCUUCUUCUUCUUCUUCUUUUCACUCUCUCUCUCUCUCCCUCUCUCUCUCUCUCUGGAAAGCAUGUUUCUUUUUCUUCUUCUCUCGAAUUUUAUUAUUUUUUUCUUCUACUAUUUCUCAUCGAUUUUCUUUCCGUUUAUCUUCCUGUCUCCAUCUACUCCUACUACCUAUCUUUCUUUCUUUCCAUCACUCUUCCUUCGACUCUCUCUCUCUCUCUCUCUCUCUCUUUGCUUUUUUCCUGUCAAUUAUCUUUCUUUACUCCCAGUUCUUCUCUUGAUCAUUUUCCUCUUUUAUUUCCUCUUCCCUUUCAGCGUUUCUUUCUCUGUCGAUUCUCCUUUUCCAACCACUAUUAUUCAGUCAUCUUUCCUCUACCUCUUUCCUUCUUUAUUUUCUUUUUCUCUCUCUUCUUUAUUCAAUAAUCCCCACGCUUGUCUCCUCUUUUACAGCUUAUCGUUUCUUUUCUUUUCUUUUCUUUUCUUUUCUUCUUCUUUUUUCUUUUCUUUUUCUUAA